GGUUUUUGAUUAUGGGUGGCCAUCGUUAAAAUACAAUCAUUUAUUAAUGGUCUCUUUAUCCAUUUCGAAUUUAGAGCUUUAAAGAAUUUAAAGUAACCUGUAAUUUCUUAUUAUUAUAGACAUGGAUACCCAGAGAGGAAAGAAAAGGCCUUUUUUUAAAUGGACGGAAGAUAAAAUGAGCCUUGCUAUAGACGCAGUAAAAAAUGUAGGCAUGUCCAAAAAAUGUGCAGCUAAAGAAUUUUGUGUUCCUAGAACAACCUUAAAGCGUAGACUUGAAAACAAUUGUCUUAAACGAAAAAUGGGUCCUAAAAUUAUUCUUUCAGAAGGCGAAGAGAAAUUAUUAGCUAAUUGGAUCUUGUCUAUGGGCAGAACGGGCUUUCCUGUUAAUGCAACAAAUCUACUCUCCACGGUGCAUAAAAUUAUGAAAGAAACUGGGAGGUCGACUGUUUUUAAAGAUGGGAUGCCCGGGAAAACUUGGUUCGCUGCUUUUCUUCGAAGACAUCCUGAGAUAAAAAAACGAAGAGCAGAGUCUAUUACAAAAUCAAGAGCUGCCGUCUCUAAAGCUGAUAUAGAAAAAUGGUUUAAUGAAAUUGAAAACUAUUUAAAAGAAGAAGGUAUGAUUGACAUACUAAAAUACCCAAAUAGGAUAUACAAUGCAGACGAAACCGGGUUUAGCAUUGAUCCUAAAUCUGGUAUUGUCCUUGGGCCGGCGAAAUUGGAAGAAGACUUUUAUGAGAGAAAAUCUAAUGCAGAAAAAGAGCAAAUAACUGUUAUGGCCUGUUUUUCAGCCGAUGGUAUCACAGUUCCACCAAUGGUCAUAAUAUAUCCGUACAAAAAAAUACCAAAGGAUAUAGUUAAUUCUGCACCACCAGAAUGGGCAGUGGGACGAUCAGACUCCGGAUGGAUGAACUCGGAAGUAUUUUAUGAGUAUAUCGGCAACCAUUUUUUGCCCUAUCUCAAAGAAAAAAAUAUACCACAACCUGUUUUGUUUUUCGUGGAUGGACAUAGGUCCCAUCUAACUAAACAAGUCAGCGAAUUAUGUGAAGCAAGUGGUAUCAUCCUGGUUGCUCUUUUCCCCAACGCCACUCAUAUUCUCCAACCAGCCGGUGUUUCAAUUUUUAAACCUUUAAAAACUGGUUGGCAGACAAUAGCAAGAACAUGGAAAUUUGAAAACUUUCCGAAGGAUGUAACAAAGUAUACAUUUGCAACCAUUCUAAGUACGGUUUUUAAAAAAUAUGCAACGGAAAGUACAAUACGCAACGGUUUUAGAAAAUGUGGACUGUUUCCUUUUGAAAAAAGCAAUGUUGAUUACACCAAAUGUGUUUCCACUCGGCAAGUUGUAGAUCCUACAAAUCUAUCAGAUAUUAAAAACACAAUUAUUACAAAAGGGAAUAUAUUAUCCGAACUUGAGAAAAAAAUACCACCACUUGAAUUGAAUCAUUUCAGAACAAAUUUCGACAAUAAAGAUGACUGGAAGGGAGACUUACAAUUUAAGAAACUUUAUGAGGUUUGGGCAGAAUUUAAAAAUGAAGCUUUAUUAGUAACAAAUAAACAUAAACAUGUCACUGGGGAGGAUGACUCUAACUUAAUGGAAGGAAAUGAAGAAAUGUCAAUAUCGUUUUCAGUUCCAACAGCGUCAACUUCAACUCCAAACGGUAAGCAGAGAGAAGAGAGUGUAAUUCUUCCAAAUGAAGAACAGUCACAGAACGGGAACAGCACUAUUUUACAAGAUAAAAGUACUACUUCACUAAAUGUUUCAGAGUCAUUUCUUUCACCGGAUAAAUUAGAAAACGUUGCGCUGUAUAAGGACAAAGAAGACCAAGGAUAUGUGGUUAGCACUCCUUUCAAAAAAUGUCUCAUUUUUCCUAAGACUCCUAAAAAAGAACCACCCAAAAGAAAACGAAAAAUAUUUCCAGCAGUUGUAUCCACUACACUUUACAGGGCCCAUUAUGAUAAUAUAACGUCUAAAAGUGGCCCUUCAAAACAAUCACAAAUUAAAAUAAAAAAGCCUGCAGUAAAGAGAAAAGUAAUAAGCGAAUCUGAAUCUUCUGCCGAUGAUGUUCCUUACUGUGAUGAAGAUCUAGAUGCGAGUGAUGUUGAAAAUUAUACGAUCAAGAAUAUUCAUGAUGGAGAUUUUGUUAUUAUCAAAUACAAUGGAAAUCUUUAUCCAGGAAAAGUGAUAAAAGCUAACCAGGAAGGAGCAGAAGUUUCGUCAAUGGAAAAAGCAGGCUAUGACUGGAAAUGGCCAGAAAAAGAAGAUGUAUUAUUUUAUUUUUAUGAGGACAUUAAAAAGAUUAUAAGGGAACCAUUAGUUAAAGGCAAACGGGGUUAUUACUCAGUACCAGAACUAUCUAGUUUUCUUUAAAGUGCGUUAUACAAUUUUUAAGUGAAACAUUUUUUUGUAGGACAUCACGGGCGUAGCCAGGUUUUAGUUUCGGGAGGGGUUUAAGAAAAUAAAACGACAAAAAGUACAUAAAAUAACCCUUAUAUUCAUAAGAAAAAUUUUAUAAAUCUUAAUAUUUAACUUUUAGGGGGGGGGGGGUUGAAACCCGAAACCCCCCCCCCCGGCUACGCCCAUGGGACAUAAGUUUACAUUUUGCUAUGUUUUUUUUGAAUGGUUGUUAAAAAUUUCAGCAAUGUAACGCAGUGAAAAGCUUAUAUAAAAAUAUAUUUGAUAAAGUGUCCAUUACUAAAUUAUCGAGAGUCCAUCACUAGAGUUUUUGUGACCAUUACUGGCGAUUUUGGCA